AUGAUUAUGGACCAACAGUGUAACAGUUUGAAGGACACAACUCCUGUUAUUCUGGUCAAACAUCAUGACAAUCGUGGAUCCUCUGUGGAGUCUCAACAACAUUAUGAUGCUGAUGCGGCAGAGAAGAGUCUCUCCAGAUCAGAACACCUCAAAAUACAACAGCAGAGACCCACAGGGAAGAAAUCUCACUGCUGCUCUGAUUGUGGGAAAAGAUUCAACUCUUCAUCAGACCUUAAAAUACAUCAAAGAAUUCCCACUGGAGAGAAACCUUAUGGCUUUGAUCAAUGUGUGAAGAGUUUUACUGGGUCAAGCUGUCUCACUAUUCAUCAGCGAAUACACACAGGAGAGAAACCAUUUAGCUGUGAUCAAUGUGGAAAGGUUUUCGGCACAUCUCGUGGUCUGACAAAACACCAGAGAACACACACAGGAGAGAAACCUUAUAUCUGUGAUCAAUGUGGGAAGAGAUUUACUCUGCUAAACAGCCUGAUAGUACACCAGCGUACACACACAGGAGACAAACCUUAUAGCUGUGAUCAAUGUGGGAAGAGUUUUACUACAUCUAGCUAUCUAACUAUACACCAGAGAACACAUACAGGAGAGAAGCAAUAUAGCUGUGAUCAAUGUGGUAAGGGUUUCGGUACAUCUGGCUGUCUGACAAAACACCAGAGAACACACACAGGAGAGAAACCUUAUAGCUGUGAUCAAUGUGGAAAGAGUUUUACUCAGUCUACCAGCCUUACAUCACACCAGAGAACACACACAGGAGAUCAAGCUUAUAGCUGUGACCAAUGUGGGAAGAGUUUUGGUUCAUCUGGCCGUCUGGCAACACACCGGAGAACACACACAGGAGAGGAACCUUAUACCUGUGGCCAAUGUGGGAAGAGUUUUGGUACAUCUGGCUGUCUGACAAAACACCGGAGAACACACACAGGAGAGAAAUCUUAUAGCUGUACUCAAUGUGGGAAGAGUUUUACUCAUUCAACCAGCCUGAUAUCACACCAGAGAACACACACAGGGGAGAAACCGUAUAGCUGUUAUCAAUGUGGGAAGAGUUUUGCUUCAUCUGGUCUUCUGACUGUACACCAGAGAAUACACACAGGAGAGAAACCGUAUUGCUGUGAUCAAUGUGGGAGAAGUUUUACUCAGCUAAGCAGCCUGGUAUCUCACCAGAGAACACACACAGGAGAGAAACCGCAUAGCUGUAAUCAAUGUGGGAAGAGAUACUCUGAUAAAAGAUCUCUGAUCAAACAUCAGAAAAUACAUGUUGUUUCAUGAUAUCAUUGAAAUAAUGUAGAAUGUUUUCAAUAUUGUGGAAGUAUUUUAGUCAUGUCACAAUAUAGAAUGUUUUAACAUUGUAGGAGCAGUAUUCUAAUGAUGUCACAAUGUAGAAUGUUUUAACAUUGUAGGAGCAGUAUUUUAAGGGAUGUCAGAAUGUAGAACCCUACACGUUUGUUCUGAAUUGAAAGAGUACUAUUUAUGAGAUUUAACAAAAAUUGUCUAACUUGCUUGUUGAAAACUGAAAGUGAAAGUUGAUAAGAUGUCUUCGGGUCUUUUUUUCAAUGACUUGAAAACAACUUAAAUUCAACGUACAGCCUAUACACAUGGACGCAAUAUAAUAAAUUGGUCUAUAAUCAAUUUUAUUAAAUAUCUUACAUCACUCCAGCAUUUCUUUACAUCCAAGUGCCAAUUGUCUUUAUUCCACAACUGAAGAAGAGUGAUGCAAAUCACCUCAUAUUUCAAACAUCCAGCCUGACAAAAUAUACAUUUUUUAUCAGUCCAUGUUUACAAAGGGGUGUCCAUUUGCUUUUGAUAUUUCAUAUUUACAAUUCAUGUAACAUUUAGUAAUCAUAAUUAUUCAUGCAACCAAAUGACUAUUUUUUGUGUAGAAUUGUUAUCCUGCUUUUAGAAUAGCAGGGAUCAUUCUCAGAUGUUCCAACCUAAAUGUUCUAGAGCAUGACAUUGGGGACUGGGCCCCGAUCCAACAACAUGCCUAUCGAGAUAUUGCAGGAGUUUGCUCUUGAAAUCAGACAUGACUAAUACAAUUUGAUUUGAGUUUUGUUUGGGCUCGUUCCAAGGGGAUGAGAGUUCUAGAAGCUAGUGAGUUCUUUGAUUCUAUAGGAAGAAAAAGGAGAAAAAAAAUUCUAUGAUUGUAUUUUAUCAUUUAGAAGUACGUGUUUUUUCUUGUUUUUAAUUGUUGACAGCCAGUAGUCACCAUGUUUAUAUUGUAGAAGGUGAAGCAUUGUAGUAGAUUAUAAUGUGAAAUGGAAGUUGUUUUCUGUUGGUGGUAAGCAAACGUGUCCAACAAAAAUAUAGGUUAUAUUUGUUGUCUUAAGGGGGAUGGUGUUACAGGCUUUGGUUUUUCCAUUUAUGUUUUGAGGUUGGACUUUAGAACGUAAAGCUCGUCAGCAGGUCAGCAGGUAUAGCUCGUUAGCACGUAGGAAGCACUGAUUGGUGUCACCUCGUUAGUCAGUAUGUGUUACACCUGUGCUGGCUUGUCCAUCUCGUUAGUGAGAAGGUGUUUCACCUGAGCUGGUCCAGGUUCUAUUUAAGAGUGUCUGGCCCAAUGCUACAGUGGUCUUGAUAGAU